CAUGGGUGCAAUAAUCGAAAACGAUUUCUUCGCCAUUAUCAAGCCUUUUCAUUACUUUUUCUGUAUAUUUGGACAUAGAAAAUUCAAUAUUCACAAUAACAAUAUCAGUGUUAUCAAAGUUAAUAGUGUCAUUGUUAUGUUUGUUACUGAUGCCUUUCAAUUAUUCCUUUACCUUGCAGCGAUGUUAUAUACAUCAUUUAGCACAGAUUUUUUGUUUAAAAUGUAUUCAGUCUCGUAUUUGUGUUAUGUGAUUCAUUUCUUUGUUUAUAGUGUUGUUACGUAUGUGCUGAAAAAUAUGAACGUGGAACUAAUUUUGCGACUACAAAGCAUAGACAGACUUCUAUAUGAUAAAAAUGACACAUUCAAAUGCAAAAUCUUGUCUUGGGUCAUGUGUGGUGUGACGUUCUUGUUUUAUUUGAUAUUUAUUUCUAUUAAACUCUGUGUGGACAAUAGAUGGAAUCCAAUAAGAGCACUUUUUGUUUCAAUAACACUGUAUCCCAACAUAGAAUUAGCUUAUUAUGUUUUUAUCUUGGUAUUUCUGGGACUUAAAUUAGAUAGAUUAAUUAAAGUGACUAGCCAAAUCGAUUUUUAUGAUAUCGAUAAAGAAGCGAUUGGGAAAUCUAAAAGGAUUCUGGAUUUGUAUAAUGAAAUUAUUGAUGGCAUCAACAAUACCAUCAAGACUUCAAAAUUGAUUAUUUUAACACAUGUUGUUGCUAUGUUUUUUCAAACUAUAAUUUACGUACAAGGGCGCAUACACAGUGCAAAAAAUGGAAUGGAUCUGAAUUUUUCUGAGACGAAAGGGCAAGUCCAUUUUUUUGGGAUAUUAGUGUGGAUCUUGAAAGAUCUUUUCGUGGAAACUGCUUUAUGCCUGGCCUCGGAAUAUGUCUAUCAAAAAAUUGCGAUCUUGAUGACCGAGUUACGACCAAAUCAUAGCUCAUCACUACUAAACUAUUGCAUCAAAAAUAUCCGGAGGUCUGUAAAGGUGAAAUUCCAUAAGCUGCCGGGUCUUCAUGGUGGACGGCAACCUUCCUCUUCGAGUUGGCCGUCUCAUUAUGACUUACACUAUUGUUUUACUGCAGUUUGCCUUCAUUUAAUUAUUGCGAAGAAAUUACCUACGUCAUUUACAAAAACAUGUGAUUUUCCAGCAAAACUGAAAUGCAAUGUCAAGAAUGCAAAGAGAUAUUUAUGGGUCAACUUCCAAAAACUGGAAGGCUGUGGUGUCUUCACGGUAGAUGGCGCUCUGCCCCUGAAAAUGGGCAGUCUUGUGGCGUAUUAUACCAUCGUCUUACUACAAUUCAAUUUCUUGUAA